AUGGAGAGCUACCUUGCAGAAAACCCAUUGGAAAAUAUUUUGGACAAUUUCCGUGCUUUAUAUUACACCUUCUUCUCAACACCUUGCGACACGGUCUUUGCCAAACCCAAAAAUACGAAGAAAUGCCUGAAUCCUGUAAGAAACUUGAUAAACAGCUUUUCAACAUAUAUCAACCGCGCACAAUUGUUCCCAAGCAACGCGAAUAACAUCAACUCCCGACUCACUACGAUAGCUUUUCGGAUUGAGUCGACACCAUUUGACUUGGCUCCAUUCGAGCCCCUGGCGUCACUAAUCCUAACAAACGCGACAGAUAUCGAGAUCUGGAAAUCUCUAUUGCAGCUUGCUGAUACGCUUGAGUCAAUUUUCGCAUCCCAAGAAAAAAAGGUGGAGAAUUUAGCGGCUAAAUCAAUUUUCAGGCGUGCUGGUACAACUCAAGCUUGGUUUUGGAAAAAGUACUUCACAAAUAAAUUGUGGGAAGACAAGUGUAUCGGCCUAGCAAAGGAAUUUGUGAAGCGAUCUGCGGAGGACGAUUUGAAGUUCCCAGAAACACCCACGGAAAAAUUAGUUUGGAAAUGGAUGAAGGCUGUGGAAAGUAAAAUAUUCGAGUCAUCCAGCAAGACUUGUGCCACCUCGAUAACAGCAUCGAGUUCCACUACCGAAGAAGAUGAAAACCAUCUCAACAAAACCCAGUUUCGAAGUACCAAAGCCAGCGAAUUUGAUGGUGGUCAGACAGCUCGACAGGUUGAUUACUUUAUCAAACGGCGAGGACUACCGACUUCUGAACGACACCACUGGCGCGAUGUACUCGUGGUGGGGGAGUUUACGGAGUCCACACAGACUGUGUUCAUGGAUAAGUUUCUCCAGCUAUCGGUGUUAAUGCGCGAGCUCUUUUUUGCUCAGCCCCUUCGACGGUUUGCUCACGCAUUCCAUCUUUUCAAAAAGUCACUUCUGCUCUGGGUUUAUGAUAGAUCAGGGCCGUACUGCGGCUCGUACAUUGAUAUUGGCAAAUCGCCGCAGACGCUUGUUUACGUUAUGGCGGCAUACAUGUCAAUGAGCGACGCUGAACUCGGUCUCGACCCUAAUAUCAAGUAUGAGGCCCAUCAGAUUACUGUCACCCUGGAUGUUGGCGGACCGGAGAAAGAGCGUGAGUUCAAACUUUCUCCCAAACCAGUUUCUCAACAGACCUCACUAGUAUCCAGGGGAACUAGCUGCUACCACACUUUGGAAGGGGACUGUGCAGUCAAGUUCUCUUGGAGAAUGUGCGGGGAUCAUUCGGAAGCCGAGCUGCUGAAAAUUAGCGAUCUUCGAAAGGAUCUGAUUUUCACUAACAAAAUGGUGAAAAAUACAUAUCCGGACGACAUAGCCAUGGCCACACCGCUCUCGUUCACUGAUGGUAUCAUGCUUCGUGAAAGCAAGAGCACAAGUAUAGCUGGGGCGCCAAAACGAAAAAGUGCGACAAGCGAUUCUGGAACUGAAACCGGUCGAUCUAGUAAGAGAUCAAAGGCUUCACAUGGACCAUCUUUCACUAGAAAUACCAUCACGGAAGGAAAACCAACCAUUUCGUUAAAUGCGAUCAUCGAAGAAGAAGAACCUUCCGUCCCAGCAAAUUGGAUGCUCAAUAAGACAGAAAGUUCCCUGAGAGGAAACGCAGAGUCUACCGGGGAGAAACGGAAGAGCACAGAGAACGAUGAAGUCAACGGACGGAUCAAGAGACUGCAUCUAUCCAGUAGGGUAGAGGAAGCAUCUUCUGUUGACGAUUUCGUUACAAGUACGGUUCCUAUUAAGGACGGAAACGCCACCAUUAUACCUUUUAUAGAUGGAGAAGGUGAUUUCGAGGUCGAUACUGAUAAUGUUGACGCCUACACUGAAGUAGAGGUCAAGUUUGCAGAGAUACGAGAUCGUCAUUCCUCAGCUGUUGCAACAUCACCUUACGGAAGAUCGCUACAUAAUGUGAAAUCACCACUUGAGCUGGUUACCGUACUGCGUGAUGCCAUCAAGGCUCACUGGUCAUUGAUGACGAAAGCAAAAAUAUUACACCGUGAUAUCUCUGCGAAUAAUAUCAUCAUGACUGGAUCUGAAGCCCACAAAGACUGGAAAGGAUAUGUCAUUGACCUGAACCUAGCCGUCUUACUUACGGAUGGCAAAGCUCAAGAGAAAAGACAGGCCAUGACCGGUACAAUGGAGUUCAUGGCGCUGGAGAUCUUGAGUGGCAGUUGUGAAAGCACAGGCGUCAUUGUGGAGCAUUCAUACCGCCAUGACCUCGAGUCAUUCUUUUAUGUCUUGCUUUGGCAAUGCUUAAGCUGUGGAUGGGAAGAUGAUAAAAAGCCGAACAAAGAAUACCUUUCAAAAUGGUAUAAGGGGACAGCUUAUGAGAUAUUCGAAUUCAAGAAAACUGAAAUAGAAAGUUCUCAUUUCGUUCAACAAUUGUUGCCUAGAUUCUCGUUAAAGUUUCAAAAACUUUGGGUCCUUGCAAUGAAAUACAGAAUGAUUUUAUUUUUGCCGUACGGGGAAUUCUAUAUCGGAUCUCACAAGGAUAAUAAUGCCCUAUACAACGCUACCAUGGAGGCAUUCAACAAAACCAUACAUUCAUUAAUUAUGUAG